AUGGAAGGCUACAACUCAUCCUACCGAGCUGAAAGCUACGAACUUGCCCACACUCGCCACCCCUGGCUUAACAAAGACGCCCCCGUCUACUGGGAAGCCUACAAAUUAAUGCGGCAAUUGCGACGACUCAAGCAAUCUAAUUCUUGCCGCUACAUUGUGGUCGAUAUCGGCACAGGAACCGGUCGCGUUAUCCGACAUCUAACAGACCGCCUUACUCAGGAAGCAUCCAGUCCGAAGGAAGUCUUAUUUCUUGGCCUAGAUCCAUCUCCAUAUAUGCUGGAACAUGCUCAGCGCUCUAUCCCGAAUACUUUUAAACAAAGUACAUUUUACUAUCCUGUCUCUGCCCUAGAGAUGCAUACAAUUGAUUUCCUUAAGGGCCCUCCAAUUGUUGACCUACUUGUCUUCGCCAAAGGGUAUAUCAGCUCUCUAUAUAUGCCUGGAGAGGUAGAAGAGUUUCUGCGACUUGUUUCUAGUGUUUUGCGUCCGCAUACUGGCAGGGUGUACUUGUCGCUUUUUCAUAUGUCCGAGGAACACAAUGCGGAGAAGGCGUCCCAUACAUAUAGAGAGAUGACGAACUCUCUGAUUACUGAAGAGGCAUUAAGUGUUAUUUAUCCUGGAGUUGUUUAUCGACAGACUAAGUCUGAUGUGAAGAUGGAGGGUGGUUUUCAAGUGGUUACGUCAAGCCUCCAAGUUGUGGAGAGGAGAAGGGAUGGACAGGAGAGGGUGAUUGAAAAAGAUACUGCAGUGGUAAAGUGCCGUAUCUGGAAGAAGGGCGAGUUUAUUAGGGUAGCGGAUAUGGCGGGGUUAGAUUUCAUUGAGGCUAAGGGGACUGAUGACGAGACGAUUUACGUCUUUAAGACGGUUGGGUAA